AUGGCUAAUCGACGCGUGCCGCUGGCCAGUUUGCAGAAUGCCACCAACUCACCGAUACGCGCUCCCGCAGCUACUGGAGUAAAGCGCCAACGCUCGCACGCGAGCGAGCAGCGCGACAUGCCCUACGGCCAGCCCCCACCGAAGAAGCAGAUGAUCGAGGUCGACGAUGCUGAAGCUCGCCGCCAUGGGCUUGUCCGCCGCAGUAAUGCCCCAACCACAGCCUUGACCAGGAAGCUCGAAGCUGCCCGCGAGAACAAAGCACCGCCCAAGCAAGUCGAGAAAGCUCAGCGAGUUACGAAUGACCUCGAGACUAUCCGGCAAUGGCAGAGACACUACCGCAAGCUCUUCCCGCAGUUCGUCUUCUACUUCGACAGCGUCCAGGAGCCCCAGAAGGAUAAGCUCAUGAGCAGAGCUCAGAUCCUUGGCUCACGCGAGGUCACUUUCUUCUCUCGUGAAGCUACCCAUGUCAUCACGACGCGUCCCAUACCCGCCGAGCUCGACACCAGCUCAUCAUCCCUUGCCAAGGGUACUGUCAACCCAGCCCAGUUGGAGAACAAGAAGUCUGUCUUCGACACCGCACUGUCGAAGUCGGGUCAGUCGGGUCGCGGCGACAUCUUGAUCAAGGCCAGGGAGCUGGGAAUGAAGAUAUGGUCGGUGGAAAAGCUCCAGCGCAUGGUGGACACCAUGUUCAGCAAAGAGGCAGGAGAGGACAUUCAAUACACGACGCGUCAUGGCACUGUGGCUGGACAGAAGGGUCGUCAGGCAGAUCUGCAAAGGCUGUUGCAGAACGAGAAGUUGGAUCGAGAUUAUGUCAUUGGGGCUCAGGACAUGGUCCAGCUACGCGGCUACUACGUGUACGUGCACGACAUGGACGAGGCUACGCGACCUGUCAUGAUUCGGGAGUAUCAGAAGGUCGAGAAAGAGAAGGGCAAGUGGCCGCAGUUCCGUGCGUCUGGCAAUGGCAAAUGUCCGUUCGUGGAGGACCCGCACUUUGGUCGUCGCCAGCAGGAAGAACACGAGGAGCGCCGUGCACAGAGAGCGUUGGCAGCAGCCCCUCGUACGCGUGCCGCGUCAGCCAUGGAGGAGAAGCGUGCGUUGGGCGAGAAUAACAACCUCGCCCGGCGCGAGACUGCCCCUGCUUUGGUCAAGAAAGAGGAGCCCGAAGAUGACGCGAAACCUCUGGAUCCACCCAAAGGCAUGCCGCUGAAGCGUACUUCUACCGAAGGCCCUCCACCUAUGUUCGGCAGUGCUCAGGCCAGCAUAAGAGCGAUGCCUCGCUUUAUUGGAGGAGAGCCUGUAGCAUCUGGCCUGCACCAGUCCAACAUGACUUCUGCUAUUCAGUCCCAGAUGAUCUCGUCGACUGCAGCCGCGCCUCGUGCCGGUAACAGCAAGGAGGUCAACCAGCUGCAGAGAAAAGUUUUGGAAAAAAACAGUGUCACAUCGGCCAACAGUGGGUACUCAUCGGUCAUGAAUGAUGUGCGCGGUCCUCUCAACCAAGAUCACACUCAGCCGAUGCGCGCUGCUAAGCGUAAGGCUCAAGAAAGUCUCAGCCAAGCCCAAGAGAUUGCCGAGCAGGAACGGCAAGCCCGCAAGAUGGCAGCACUCCGUAAACGCAAGACUGUUGAGAAGGAGCUGAAGGCUGGCUACUGCGAGAAUUGCAGGGAGAAGUUCGGCGAUUUUGACGAGCAUUGUGUCUCCCGCAAACACCGAAAGUUUGCCGCUACCAACGAGAACUGGGUCGAGCUUGACGCGCUCCUUAAUCAACUCGAUCGUCAAUGA